GUUUGCCGCCGCCGCGGCCGCCACCUGAACUUUCUUCAUAUUCUGAGUCUCCCUGCCACGAGGAGUCCAGGGAAAAAAAGCGGAGCCGAGGCGCCAGUAUCUACACCUCCCACGCCACUUUCAGCCCAAGCUCGCCCCAGCAGGGAUGGGAGACAAGAUCUGGCUGCCCUUCCCUGUGCUCCUCCUGGCCACUCUGACCCCAGAGCUGCUGCCGGGGGCGGCCGGCUUCACUCCCUCUUUGGACAGCGACUUCACCUUCACCCUUCCCGCCGGGCAGAAAGAGUGUUUCUACCAGCCCAUGCCCCUGAAGGCCUCGCUGGAGAUCGAGUAUCAAGUUUUAGAUGGAGCUGGAUUAGAUAUUGAUUUCUACCUUGCCUCUCCAGAAGGCAAAACCUUAGUUUUUGAACAAAGAAAAUCAGAUGGAGUUCACACGGUUGAGACUGAAGUUGGUGACUACAUGUUCUGCUUUGACAAUACAUUCAGCACUAUUUCUGAGAAAGUAAUUUUCUUUGAAUUAAUCCUGGAUAAUAUGGGAGAACAGGCACAAGAACAAGAAGACUGGAAGAAAUAUAUUACUGGCACAGAUAUGUUGGAGAUGAAACUAGAAGACAUUCUGGAAUCCAUCAACAGCAUCAAGUCCAGACUAAGCAAAAGUGGUCAUAUACAAACUCUGCUUAGAGCAUUUGAAGCUCGUGAUCGAAACAUACAAGAAAGCAAUUUUGAUAGAGUCAAUUUCUGGUCUAUGGUUAAUUUAGUGGUCAUGGUAGUGGUGUCAGCCAUUCAGGUUUAUAUGCUGAAGAGUCUGUUUGAAGAUAAGAGGAAAAAUAGAACUUAAAACUCCACUGGAUUACUUAACAUUGAGAAAAAAAAGGCAUAAAAAUGCAAUAAACUGGUACCAUUAGUAUUCUUUUCCAAAAUGUUUUAUCAUUAAGUGUAAAACAAGUAUCAUUUUAAUGUGAAAGGAAAGUUUUCACUUUCUGUGCAAAUAGUCUUAUCAAUUCGGUUGUUUUUAAGUGUAUACCAGGAAUAUUUUAUAAAAGAUAAGUUUAAUUGAAUGAAGCCAUAUUAAUAAUUGUAUUUUCCUAAUUUUGAAAAAAUUUUUCAUAUGUCACAGUGAAUUAAAGAAAUGAAUAUUGGGUCUAAAUGCAACACCAAAAAUCUGCUUUUGCCCACAACUUCUUUGUAAAUGUGGCAGUUACAAAUCAAUUGUAAAAGUUUUUAAUAUAGUAAGUUAUAUAAAUCAUGUGAGAAUUAUAUAAUUAUGAAUUGAAUAUAUUGUUUCCUCUUUACAUAUGCAUCUCUCCUAAAAGAUAAAUAGAAACAGCUCUGAAACAAACAUUUUUAGAAUUUUUAAAACCAAGUAUAUUUCAAUGUAAAAUAUUAACAAAAUGUAUUAGUUUUAUAUACUUAGCCUACAUUCCCAAAAGUUGACAUUUUGUUAAUUCAGUGUCUUGAAACUGCAAAAGCAUACUUUCUCAUUAAAAUUAGGACAAGUUUUCUCUUUGAAAUGAAGAUAUAGAAUUAAAAGUGUUCUAAAGUGAAGAUACACAGAUAAAGGUUGGUCAGCAUCCAUAAGGAUGCAUUCUGUCUAGACCUUAAUUAAGGUAUAGAAUUUUAACAGUAAAUAUGAGAUAAAAUAAAUUUAUUUUUAUAUUAUCUAUCAACAGUGUUAUGUUAGUUCUAACAUGAUUAUUGACUUCAGUAAUACAUUAUUACCAACAAUUGUGAAGGAAAUAUUGCUUAAAAGGAUAUGGUCCUAAUGUAAAUAAAUUUCUCCUUUUCUGAGUUCUGGAUGUUAUCAGAAACAAUUUAAGGAUAUCUGAUCCAAAAUAAUGUUCACUUAAAUGGAACUGCAAAUAAAUAAAUAUCUGGAAUCUGA